AUGACUCAACAGCUGAAUGAAAACCAAGAGCAAGUGUUCCUGGAAGAACAGUUUAGAAAUGUAUUCUUCUCCAAGCGCCCUGACCCGAAGCGCUCUAGGCUCCAACUGGAUCCUAACGCAAACAAGAAGAAGUUACGCAAGAACUCUCUCACCAACAGGACAGUAGCCCUCCCCAACGUCAAGACUGCAGCAGCGUCCUCCAAGGCAGCAGCCACCAUUGCUACCAAGGCGCCAAAGUUCAUAAGAAGAUUUAGGUCCCGCUCCUUGCCCAUCAUAAGUUACAGGCAGUCGCAACUUUCAGGAGCAAGCCCGCUGGGCUUACCUAGCGGCUUACCAAACGGGUUGGUGAGUGCUAGCACAGUUCAUGCCGUGUCAUCCACAGGCUUUGCAAAGCAGAAUGCCAACCUCAACAAGUCUGUCAACUCCAUUAGUCAUAGCUCCAACGGUUCCAGUGGCAACGCUGUUACUGCUGUAGUAGGUAACAAUCCAAGCACCCACAGUCAUAUUCACAAUACUCAAACAUUGUCUCAUAGUCAUAGCCAAACUCAAGGGCACGGAAGCGGACACGGACACGGUCAUGGCCAACCCCCUCUCCUUCCACCCAUCAACCUUCAGUCACUCAAAGAAAUCGACCUUCACGAAAUCCUCAAAAACCCCCAGUUACGCCAUGAUAUUCUUUUCGACCCUCAACUCCAAUUCAGACCAAAUUUGGAUGGGGAAAGAGGAAAGCGUAAGAAGAACAUCAUCGAUAACUACUGGGGUGAAAUCGAGAAGGAAUGCCACAAUAUCUUUGUUAUGAAGAACUUUAACUUGAAGAAUUCUAGAAUCCCAUCAUUAUUUAUUACAUUGAGAGAUAUUUUGUUGUCAUUACUCCCUUAUAAAGAUCGUAACAAUGUGAAUGACAUAAUGGAUAUGGAUUUAUUAGUCCAGCAGUUAUCUAUCGGAACAUUUGACUUUGUUUCGUUAGCAAACUGGAUGGGCAAAAUCUUCAAAUGCCACUGUGCCCCAAUGAGAGACAACUGGGUCACUGAAAUGGUCAACAAGUUCACGCAAGCCAAUAAUGAAAACUCUGUUGAAAAAUUAGUUUGUGGCCUCAGAAUGAUCUUCUCGAUCUUGGAAGCAAUGAAGUUGGAUGUUGCCAAUCACCAGAUCAGGAUCUUAAGACCUGUUUUGAUUGAAACGGCUGUGGAGUUCGAAAAAGACUACUUCAGUCAGCUCAUUGGUCACCACAAGCUCGACAUUGCAGAUCUGUUGAAAUGGUAUAAGAGAGGCUAUCAAAAGAAAUUGGAGGUGAUGAAGACUAUAUUCCCCAAUGAAAUUGACAACAAUGUUACUAAGGAGCACUUCAACCGUAACUUCCUUAUUUCAUCUAUCCUCGAACUCUUAUCCUGCAGAAAGAUGGUUAAUGAAUUUCCACUGACUUUAGCAUUUGAUCAUACUAGAUUAAUCUUAUUGCGUGCCGAUAUCAGACAAUUGGUAUGUAUUCAACUCUGUGUGGUUUUAUACAAGCAAUUAAUCUUUAAUAACUCUGGAAAAUUGACAGCGCAAGAAAAAUCUAAAGCUUUACUUCCCGAUACUAUCAACAAAAUUCAAGAAGAAAUCUUGUCCAUUGUAACUGAUGACAAUGGUACCAUUAAGUGGACCAGAAAUGUUAACGCAAUUCUGUUACAGUUGGUGAAGAAUGCAUAUGGGGCUACCAAUUUAAACCAAGGUAUGAUUGAUUUUUCAUAUUCUUGGCUUAUCAAACAAAUCCAACCAAAUCUGGAAGUUUAUGGAUUAAUGGAAGAGAAGAUUUUUAAGGAAUUGUUAAUCGAAAUAAGUAGCAAUCUCAGGUCUGGAAAUGAAAGUGCUAGUGCUAAUAAUACCAGCAGCACUGGUACAAUUAAUACCGCAGGCAACAGUAAAAACUUAAAUAAUAUCAGCAUUCCGACAAUAGUUAGCGGAAAGAAGCUUCCAAUAAGUACCAAGAAUGCAACUGCUGGAGCUGCAACCAGAUCUACUAGCGAAAUGGCCAACAUCUCCACUAGAAUCGCAACAUUAGUCAAGUUCCAUUGGAAUGUUUUUGGAUCUUAUUAUAUUGAAUAUUUGAAUAAUCAGGGAAUGGGAAAUGAAUAA